CUUCAAAGUCUUCACGUAGAAGCGUAGCUGGAGAUAUGGUGAAUAAGAUUUCAGUUGCUAAAACAAAUAGCUAAGUUAAGAAAACGUAUUCAGGCUGGGCAACGAUACAUUAUCACGGAGAAGAAAAUCCCAUCGAGUGAGGGAGAAAGUCGUGAAGCCGCGGAAGUCGUUUAACACUGGAGCAUCCUCUGCAUAUUUGAUGUUGAUAUGAUGUUGAGAUCCAUCUUUUCACACCGAGGACAACUGAGGGACUCGUGCACAACUAUUACAAAAGCUGUCAUGGUCGGCGAGCGGCGCAAUGGGAACCUGCUGGUUCAGCUUGGCCCGAAACAGCAGGCUUACCCAGAGGAGCUGAUCCGUCAGAGACGUACCCAUGAUGGCCAGACCGAGUACCUGAUCCGCUGGAGCCUGCAAGCCGUGGAUGAUGGCUCCAGCUCAGGCGGCAGCGGUAAUGAAGGAGGCAGCAGCAGCGGGAACUCCGGCGUGGGCAGCUCCAGUGGCUGCGCUUCAGGAGAGAGUAAGACCGAGAAUAUCCUGAUGUGGAUGUCAACUGAGGAUGUGUACGCCAACUGCCCUACGCUACUGGGAAAGCGACCACUGCAGGAGGAGAAGGCGAGACCCAGUGGCCAGUUCCCCUCCGAUGUCACCUUCGAUGAGGUGGACCUCUGCGACAUGAAGGAAGACGUCAAAAACCUUGUCGAGCGAGCACGGAAGCAGAUGGCCAAAAACAGCGAUUUUGCCAUUAGUCUCACACACACCAUUCACGUGCUGAGUGCUUACGCGAGCAUUGGCUCACUGGUGGGAGUCUUCAAGGAGACUGGGGCACUAGACCUGCUCAUGGAGCUGUUGGGAAACAAAGAGCGACAGACCCGCCGCAGUGCUGGCAAAAUGCUGCGUGCUCUGGCCUCGCACGAUGCAGGAAGUCGUGCCUACGUGCUGCUGUCCCUAAGCCAGCAGGAUGGCAUUGAGCAGCACAUGGAUUUUGACAACCGCUACACUCUACUGGAGCUGUUUGCAGAGACCACGUCUUCAGAGGAGCAUGGGAUCUCUUUUGAGGGCAUCCACCUCCCACAAAUCCCAGGCAAGCUGCUCUUUUCUCUGGUGAAGCGCUAUCUGUGUGUGACCUCACUAAUGGACAAGCUCAACACCACAGGGGGGGAGUUGAGCUCAGAGCGGCAGGAGCCUGGCCCCUCAUCUUCCACAGCAGCUCAUCAGUCAGAGCAGUCACGGCUGCAGAGGGAGUUUGAGUUCACCAUGGCAAUGGCAAACCUCAUCUCAGAGCUGGUACGUGUGAUGGGCUGGGACCGUAACCGCCAGCCCCCUGUCGCCUCUCCCACACCAUCUGGAGGACCAGAAGAGAUUGAGGCAGAGGUGAACAGGCGCACCCUGCGCUCCAUCUUCCAGCCCCGUUUUUCUGCUUCUCCCGUUAUGACCACGUCCGUAACAGCAGCUCCUUCUCCACCCAAGAAGAAGGCGAAUGGCUUCAGGACCCGCACAGACUUCUCCGCACGUUCAGCCUAUGUGGAGUAUGUGCAGGACACUCUGAAGAGUGGCAUGCAGGUGCGCAUGCUGGAGGACUAUGAGGAAGUCAGUGCCGGUGAUGAGGGAGAGUUUCGCUACAGUAACGACGGCUCACCGCCUGUCCAGGUAUACUGGAACUCAAUCUCCAGAACAUACUGGGUGCACUGGCACAUGAUUGAGAUCCUGGGUAAUGGGAGCAGCGGACAAGCUGAGAAGGAAAGUCAGGAAAAGGCUUUCUCUCUAACUGAGACACUUAAACUUACUGCAGUGAGUCAGAUGUUCUUCUUGAAGCCACCUGGUGGGUUGUAUUCAUUACCUUAUCUAACGGACAGCCUGCAGGAUGAUGGAGACACGCUUACCCGUGCUGAGUGGUGGGAAGUGCUUUUCUUCAUUAAAAAGCUGGAGCCAAAGCAGCAACAAGAGAUCAACAACAUCCUUCGACAGAAUCUUGAUGAACAGAUGGUGGAGCUAGAUGAGGCUACUUUAAUUCAGUUGUCUGUGUCAAGCGAGGUUGCCCGUAAGAUCCUGCACUACCUGAAACAGACCCUUCAGGCUUCCUGCCUGGGUGACCUGCUCUGUUCACAUGCCUUUGCUAAACACUACUUGCGCCGGGGUGGAGCCAAUCUGGAGGAUGAGGAAAUGUUCACUGACGGCUCCCUCAACUCCUCUGGGCUUGGUGGACAGGGAGCCUCGUCAUGUUCAUCAGUGACACCUAAAGCUUCUACAUCUGCUGCAUCCUUCUCCAUGAAUGGCUGUGUUUCUAAGAAACCCAAAAAAGAGAUUCCUAUAGAUAAUGGCAGCUGUAACAGCGAUACAGAGAGUGAGCUUCCAACAGAAGAUGAGACUAAAUAUCCUGAAGAUCUAGAGGAAAAGAUGAAAGUAUUUAAUAAUCCAAAAGUGCAAGGUAAGAAGACAGCCUUGGAGAAAAUCGGAGAGGUUGUGGACAUUAUGAAAAAGAGUAGCUCUGACUCUGGACAGUUGCUGGCUGGCAUGAAGUUCAUCUGUAAGAUUCUGGAAGAAGAGGGGCCUCAGGAGCGCAGCACUCUUAGAUCGGACUCAGCACAGAGCAUCCGGGACAAAGUCUUAAAGAUACUGGUUGAGAUGGUUGGUAGCCAACCAAAACAAAAUGCCAUCAUGGCCUUGCUUCUAACCCGCAGCCUAAUGCUCAAAUAUGAGUGGCGGGUUUCCUUCGCUACAGAGGGCGGCGUGAAGGCCAUUUUGUCCUGCAUGCAGGAGUAUCCCACCUGCACACGAGUGCAGCAGAUUGCAUUAGCAACUUUAAAGGUCAUCACUGGUGCCAGUAAGCAUGACCUGCGCAGUGUGGGAAGCUGCCUGCCCCUCUCUGAAUCUGGCACGCAGAUGAUGCUGGAGAUCUUUGCAAGCAUUGGCUCAGCAACACCUGAAGGCUCAAAGGGGCUUCUUGGAGCAAUUCCAUCUGCUAUUGAUCUCAUGCUCAACACCACUGGUGGUGGUCUGUCUGUACGAAAUGGCCUGUUGGUGAUAAUCAUGCUGAUCUCCAAUCACAAGAGCCUAGCAGAGCAACUGGUGGCCUGUGACAUCACCACUGUCCUCAGAAAGUGCCUUUCUGGUCACAGUUCUGAAAGCAUGCUGGCUAUAAUUGCCCUCACACACAUCUCCAAUGUUCACAAACUGGAAAAGAAAGAGUCUAAGGAGGAGCUUGACUUCAAGGACACGGAGCUGAAGAUGUUAGUUGUAGGUCUAAAGGAGGUGACCACCACCAAGGAGGUGAUCCAGACCCUGGAACAACUGCUGUGUGAUGAAACUUCUCAGCUGGUUGAUGAGAGGAACGAGGUGAUGCAUAGCAGAGACACUUUUCAGGACCUGGUGCGCCUCAUGGACCAGCACAGAGUGGAGCGCACAGUGCAACUCUCCAUUCUCAGAAUCUUGAACAAGUUCUUGGACAAUUAUCAGGAGGAUUUGCUACCUUGGCAUGAAAGCAUUGAACCUUCCCUCUCUUCUAUGACUGCUUGUAUUAAUGACCGCGAGGCUGUUCAGCAGUUCAUCCGUUUCCUAUAUCGACUGGCUUCUCUGAACAAAGACUAUGCUGUAGUUAUGUGUCGUCUGGGCACUAGGGAAGCACUUGUCAAAGCUUUGGACAAGCAUAGCACCAACUUGCUAAUGGUCACAGAGCUACGCGACCUCAUUAACGAUUGUGAGAAGUAUGCCAGCCUUUACAAGAAGAUGACGACCAGUGUGUUGGCUGGAUGCAUACAGAUGGUCUUGGGCCAGAUUGAAGAACAUCGACGCAACCAUCAGCCCAUUAACAUCCCUUUCUUUGAUGUGUUCUUGCGCAACUUGUGCCAAGGUUCCAGUGUGGAGCUGAAAGAGGAUAAAUGCUGGGAGAAAGUGGAAGUCUCCUCUAAUCAUCACCGAGCUAACAAGUUAACUGACAAGAAUCCCAAGACAUUCUGGGAAUCCAAUGGUUGCACAGGCUCUCAUUUUAUCAAUAUUUACAUGCACAAGGGGGUAGUCAUUAGGCAGCUGGCAGUCCUGGUAGCCAGUGAAGAUUCAAGUUACAUGCCAGCACGUAUAGUAGUACUGGGAGGAGAUGAUCCCACAAACAUCAAUACUGAGCUCAAUACUGUAAAUGUGCCACCGUCUGCUAGCCGUGUUGUUCUGCUGGAGAAUAUGACCCGCUUCUGGUCCAUAAUUCAGAUCAGGAUAAAGAGAUGUCAACAGGGUGGUAUUGAUACUCGAGUGCAUGGCUUUGAAAUUCUGGGGCCAAAGCCAACAUUCUGGCCAGUGUUCAAGGAGCAGCUGUGCUGCCGUACCUACCUCUUCUACACAACCAAGGCUCACACCUGGUGCCAGGAGAUCCUAGGAGACCGGGGCCAGCUGCUGCAGCUUUUCAAUAAGUUGAACAGUGCUCUGCGUCAUGAACAAAUGUUUGCUGACCGUUUCCUGCCUGAUGCUGAGGCUGCAGAGGCUCUUGGCCGAACUUGCUGGGAGGCUCUAAUCACUCCUAUUGUACAGAGCAUCACUCUCUCUGAGAGCCAUGUUCUGAGCCCAUUGGCCUGGUUGCUCAGUGAGUACUUGGAGAAUUCCGAAUCUUCAAAAUGCUAUAAGAGCAGGGCUGCCAUCUUUAAUUCCCGUGUGCGUCGCCUAACCCACUUACUGGUUCACGUGGACACCAGCCGAGUGGAUAUAGAAGAACUCAAACCUCCUGUCAAAUCCAAAGGUAUCAACAGAAGCAAAGAUGUAAAGAAUGGUAAAGAAGGAAAGAACAAGGAAGCAUCUGGAGUGACCCCUUCCUCCUCCUCAUCUGCUGUUAAGCCCAAAGUAAAGAACACCAGCAGCAUUGCUGGCAUUGCACUUUGCUGGCAGGGUGUCGUACAACGACAGGUGAAGAAAUUUCUGGAUGUAACGUACAAUCUCCCAGACUUUGUAGAGCGCUACAAGGAUAUGUACUUGCGCCUGAAGAAUGCCAUGGAGGAGCUUUUUGGCCAGCAAACAGCCUUUGUGCUGGCACUGCGCCAGGGUUUUUCUGCAGCAUUGUUGCAGCUUUCCAUCCUUACUGCCAUGCAUGUGAGUGAACGGUUUGCUCAGUACAUAGACCACAUGAUCCAGGAGAGUGGAGUGGAUACUGGGAAUGUGGAGACCCUAAACAAGCUGCAGCAGUUCCUGGAGCCCAUGCUGUUCCUCUCAGGACUUGAGUUGGCCAACACGUUUGAGCACUUUUACAGGUACUACCUGGGGGAUCGUCUGCUGAGCCAGGGUAAGGUGUGGCUGGAGAGCGCAGUGAUUGAGCAGAUUGGUACCUGUUUUCCUGAACGUUUUCCCCAGCAGAUGCUGAGCAAUCUGAGUGAGUCGGAUGAACUGCAGCAGGAAUUUCACCUCUACCGUCUGCAGCAGCUGGACAAGAGUCUGCAGGAUAUGGAUGAGGAGAUGAUGGAUGAUCAGAUGUCUGAGCCGGAAGAUGAGAGCGAAGUAAAGGUGCUGGUUUUAUCUCCACGUUGUUGGGCGGUCUCUGCUCCUUGCUACAUGGAGAAUCCCAUCAGAUAUUUCCCCCAGAAGCUCUGCAGCUACCUGGACGAGUUCACUGACUUCUAUUCCAACAGUCAGUGCAUGUACCAACUUGGCAACAGUAAGCCACGGCGAUUGCAGUGGACCUGGCUCGGCCAUGCAGAGCUGUGUUACGGCUCCUGCAUGCUAUACGUCUCCACACUGCAGAUGUACAUCCUGCUUCAGUUCAAUCACAAAGAGGAAGUAAGUGUGGAGGCUCUGCAGCAGGCCACUGGCCUGUCUCAAUCUGUACUGGUCCAUGCUCUCACGCCUUUGAUCUCAGAGAAGGGCAUUCUGACCAGUGAAGGCUUUAAUCAGGGGGUUCUCAGGUUGAAUAAGAUGUCCUUGGCGCAGAGCUCAGAUAAGCAAAGGUAUUGCUAUCUCCUGCCAAAACAGACCUACCUGAAUGUGGAUGAAGAUGCAGCACUCACUCUGGAGAGGAAACGGAACCAUAUGUACUGCCUCAUUGUACAGAUCAUGAAGAAUGAGAAGGAGAUGCAUAUAGACAACUUGGUGUUCAAGGUGUUGGACACUUGUCAAAAGCAGGAGUCUGCUCGCUCUUCCAGCACCAUGCGCUUUAGCUGCAGCACCACAGAUGUACUAUCCUGCAUCAUACAUAUUAUCAACAAAGGCUACAUCCGCCGCAACGAGGACAACCCCCACAUUGUGGAGUUCCUGGUAGAAGACCCGUCCACUCCCCAGAAGAGCCAGGCCCAUUUCUUCAGCAAGCUGGACCUGAACAAGAGCAGCACCAAAGCUGACACCAGCCUGGGAGGCCCUGUUAUGGCCCCUCAGCGGGUGGAGGAUGGGGCGUUGGAGACUGUGCUCUUCUCCAUGGGUCGCACCAUGACCCAGGAGGAGGUGAAGCAUCUGAUGCGGCGCACCAUCCAGCAGUUGGCUGACACACUUAGCUUGGAAGAGGAACCGGCUGAGCACUUGCUCAUGCACUGCAAGUGGAACAUUGACAUGUUGAUCCAGCGCUACACAGAUGAUCCAGAGGCCCUGGUGCUGGCUGCCGGCCUCAAGAUCCGCAACCCUCAGCCUCCUUCUAGUCCCAUGAGUCUCUGCCCUGUGUGUCUUGUGUCCCGGUCUGGGGACAGUGACUCUGAGCUAAUGAUGCUUAGCUGCAGGCACUACUGCUGCAGGUCUUGCUGGCAGGAGUACCUGACUGCCCGGAUCGAACAGAACCUGGUGAUGAACUGUGACUGCCCUAUCACAGACUGUCCUGCUCAGCCCACAUCAAAGUUCUUCUACAGCAUUCUGACUGACAAGGAUACCAUUGCAAAGUAUGAGAAUGCACUCCUGCGGGGCUAUGUUGAGUGUUGUUCCAACCUGACCUGGUGCACCAACCCACAGGGCUGUGAUCAGAUCCUUUGCAAGGAGAACAUCGGCAGCAUGGGCACCUGCUCCAAGUGCUGCUGGUCUUCCUGCUUCAGCUGUAACUUCCCUGAGGCUCACUAUCCAGCCAGCUGCAGUCACAUGUCCCAGUGGAUGGAUGAUGGUGGCUACUAUGAGGGAAUGAGUAUGGAGGCCCAGAGUAAGCAUUUGGCCAAACUCAUCUCCAAGCGCUGCCCAAGCUGCCAGGCACAGAUAGAGAAAAAUGAAGGCUGCCUGCAUAUGACCUGUGCCAAAUGUAACCAUGGAUUUUGCUGGAGGUGUCUUAAGCCCUGGAAACCUACUCAUAAAGAUUAUUACAACUGUUCAGCCAUGGUCAGCAAAGCUGCAAGGCAAGAGAAAAAGUUCCAGGACUAUAAUGAGCGGUGUACUUUCCAUAACCAGGCCAAGGAGUUUGCGAUCAAUCUGGAAAACAAAGUGUCUUCCAUCAAUGAAGCCUUGCAGAUGAAGUCUUUAACAUUUGUUAUUGAUGCCUGCAAGAUUCUUGCCCAAGGUCGAAAGGUGUUGGCCUACUCAUGUGUGUACAGCUAUUACAACCAGGACACAGAGAAAAUGGAUGUCAUGGAGCAACAGACUGAAGCCCUGGACCUUCACACUAAUGCCCUGCAGAUCUUGCUUGAGGAGACGCUGUUGCAGUGCACAGACUUGGCAUCUUGUGUGCGACUGCUGAAGCCAGAGCACCUUAACACUGGCCUGGAGCUUAUUCGCCGCAUCCAGGAGCGUCUGGUGGCAAUCCUACAGCACUCUACCCAGGACUUCCGUGUAGGAUAUCAGUCCAAGACUGGGCCAGAUCACGAGGCUGCACAAGCCUUAAAUGUUGCUAACAACACAGAAAAGAGCAAAGAGACCAAAUCAGAUAGAGGCUCUGAGACCGGAGACUCCGACAACAACAAUAACCACAAUGAAGAUGGGGGUGAGGAGGCAGAGGAGGAUGAUGAAUACGAUGAUGAGUAUGUCCCGGAAUGGCACGAAGACUAUGACGAGGAGGAUAUUGACGAGGACGACUUUUUCUCUGAUGACGACGAAUCUGAGAACCUAGAGAGGGACUUUGUUCCUUACGACUGAAUUAAAAAUGAAUGACCAGUCACUGUGCCUAGGAAUUAGGAAGGAAUAACGUGUGUGGAUUGAUGCAUCAGCUUCAGUUCUGGAGGUCUCCCUGUGCUGUAGAGAUCAGUGUUUCCCCCUCAUGUAUCUUACAUAUUCAGUAAUUCAACAGAGAUGUGGAACAGUAGAGAAAGCAGGAAAGUGUGCAGGGCAGCAGGAUCCUUGUGACUGAAAACACUGGUCUAAAAAAAAAAAAAAUAGUAAGCAAUCAUUCGCAACAUCAUAAAUGUUGGUGGAUGAAAAAGCACUUAAUAAAAAAAAAAAAAGAACUUUAAUUUUUUUUUAUUUAAUCUUUUUUCUUUUUGGCUUCUUAGCUAGCUAAGCCUCUGUAUCAAACUACAUUGUUGCACUUAUGGUUGCUCAUUAUUAUUUAGAAUAAAAUUAAUACACUUCUGUUUACGCUAAUUAUUUUCUUUUCCUGACAUCCUAAAAGCAGACACGGUUACCAUCAAUAUAGCGAAGGAUAUGCCAAAGCAUAGGCAAUUACACAUAUUGCUGGACCGAAGUCCCUCUUGUUAAUAACCUGAGCUGCUUUUGUUCGUUUUUUUUUUUUUUUUUUACACUUUAGUCACAGCGAUAAAGAAGGGAUAUGUAUCCAAGUAUCAAAAAAAACCUUCACAAAAGCAGUAUAUAUUUAUGAUCUUUAAAUCCACACUUUUUGCCUUGAUUUAUUUUAUGUAUUCUUUUGAAGGCUUUAAUAUACUGUAUUUCUGAACUGUUCCUGGUUCCAUUUCAUUGAAAGAUUAAAAAUCUUUGUAGAGUCCAAUAUUAUUUGAAGUAAAUUUUGUUCAGGAGAAUUUUAGUCUUUGAAAAGGAAUCUGAACACAGUUCGCAAAAAAAAAAAAAAAAAAAAAGUUAGUUUGUAAGUACAAACUUCUGAUAGCUUGGUUCAAAAAAAUCUGUUAUGGCAAUAAAUAACUGAACGUAUCAAGGGAUCAUAUUUGCGGAGCAAACUUUAUUUUGCUGUUUCCCCCUCAGAAUAAGAAGUCAAACCUUUUAACAACAUGUUUAUGUUGUAUAAAAAUGCAGAGAUGAUAAAUAUCUUGCAGUGUCUCACACAAUCUGUUGUAGGUUUUCUUUAUAUAGUAGUAUACUGUUCUGCUCAUUUAAUGUUCUCUCUUAGGCUUGUGCUAAGUAAAUAAAAAUACUUUUCUUCGA